GCGUACUGUAACGAGAGCUUGCUAUUCUGCUCAACUGCAGGACAACGCAGUCGCUGCUCUGUAUCAUAAUUGCUAUCUCCAGCCCAAACGCAUGCCACCUCUCCAAUACGACGCCAACAAUGCAGCGGACAAUGGACCGACAAGUUCGUCGAACCACAACGAUCAUAUCUCCGUGGAGCUGGACAUCGAUUCCUCUGGUGUGCCAUUGACGUCCGCCACCGAGACGAGCGAUUUCUACGUCGACUUGCAGUCGCCACCACCUCAGACGCAAUCCAUGCGCUUGCGUCUCCGCAAACAAGCGUCCAACAAUUCGACGCUGUCGGCUGAGGCGACCGAGAAGCUUCGUCGUCGAGUAUCUCGCGUCAAGAAGAAUAAACACCCGAAAGAGGCGCGAGUGUUCAAGCAGCGCCUCCAAUUGGCAGUACGCAUUGCUGUCGGGGUCCUAUUAGCCGGUAUGAUCCAGACAAAAGGCACCGAUCGUGAGUGGAUGUUUCUGCCGGCCAGUUACUAUCUGGGAGGCCUCACAGUCGCCUCCAUGAUGGUCAUCUACGCUGCGGCCAAUACGGUGGGCGGUGUGCUUGAACAAGUGUGGCAGAUCGACGUCGGUGUGGCCAUUGCGCUGCUCUACAACUUUGCAGUGUUCGCCUGUGUGCCCAUUACACAAGGUGACCUCAUCACCUUAUCCAAGAACAUUAACGGCAGCACGUACUAUGUGAGUCUACAGGACUGGGGCGUCACGUUGCCGCUGCUUGCGCUCUUUACACUGGUGGUUCUGCUGUCACCAAUCCAAACGAACGUCAAGAAGUUCGCGGUGAGCACGAAUCUGUACUUCACAUUGACUCUGGUGGAUCCGAUGAAUCCUGUAUUCACGACGAUUCUAAAGGACAACUCGAAAGGCAACAGUUAUUACGGCACGGAUAACUUACUCAAGCAAUUAGCGAUUUAUAGUGCAGUUGGCGUUGUGGGCACUCUAAUCGCGCUUGCGGUUAUGAUUCUACCAUAUCCGAUCUUUGCAAUGAGGAAGUUACAGAGACACAUGGCUGCGUCGCCUCACGACAUCCGAGAUAUCCUAAACUUGAUUGUCGAUUCCUACUGUUUCCGAGCCAAAGAUAUCAAGAAGAUGGAUUUCUUCAAGCUGCGGCUGGAUCGAUUGCUCGACAAUGCCCACGAGCGUCUGACUACGAUGGAAUCGCUGCUAAGUGACUGCUGGUGGGAGGAAUUAGUGGGACUGGGCGUGUGCUUUCACUUCAACAAAACUGUGGCCAAGCAGCUCGUGAAAUUAUACGCCAAGUUACUCGCAGACUUACACGCCAUGAAAUUUGCCAUCGAAGCGGAGACGUGCCAUUGGACGCACGUGGUGCUGCUCCAGAAGAUGCAAACGCGUUUCUACGUUCUACAAGUGGAGGCAAAUGAUUUACUCGAGGAUAUCUCACUCAAGAUCGUUCAUUCGUCACGAACCAUGUCGUCAUCGAAAUUCGCCAGUUUGCAACAAGCUUUGGAACGCCUCAUGACUAAAUACACGACUUUGUAUGGAAACCUCCUCUCGGCCGAUGUCCACACGGCAGAUGACGUGGGUAAAACCAUGCCACUCAAUGUAUUCGUCUACUCUUUCCACGUGUUCGUGGUUUCACUGCUGGAAUUUGAGGACAAAUUCAAUCGCAAGAAUUUCUCUGCUCGUUACCGCGUCAAGAAUUUCCUGAAAUUGGCAUGUCGGAGUCUGCUGCAGCCUGUCAAUUAUCCUCGACGACUUAUCAUUUUCGCGUUUCGUACGACACUGGCGGUCAUCAUUGGAAUUUGCUGUGCGACUUUCAUCUUCGCUUUCAGUUCGACGGCCCCGACUGCGAUCGCUAUGGUGGCUGAGGAUAAUAUUGGUGGCACGUAUGGCAACACAGUGAAUCGUGUGGGUGGUCUGGUAGCUGGUACAGUGGUGCCCUCUAUCUUCAGCUUCUUCGUGUGCAAAGUGGCGGACGACAACGUCUACAACGUAUUGAACAACAUCGUAUUGUUCGUGUGGACUGUGGGCUCCAUGUAUGUGUGGUUCUGUCGUCGCUACAUGGCGUUGGCAGGCAUGACAUCAGCUUUCAUGGCUGCAUCGGUGCUACUAGACCACAGUUGUCGAAACACGUCAUCUUCGACCACAGUAUCGUACUCCAGUCUAACUCAGAAUGCGCUGGGUAUUCUCAUUCUCAUGGUCGUGGAAGUCGUGAUUCAUCCUCGAAGCUCCCGUGGACUGCUGCGUAGUAACAUCCAGCAGUUGUUGACAAAGUAUUGUGACGUUUUCCACGACGUAUUUCGUCAUCAUAUCGCGUACAGUCAACCGAGAGCUACGUCUACAGGGGUUCUCACAGAAGAGGACAUUGAGAUUACAAACGCAUUACUAAGUCGCGCUGAGAUCAAGGGGCUGAGAGACCAACUAAAGAAUACUCUUCCUGAACUGCUCAAGACGCAAGCUAAACUGGUGAAUGGCUCUAGUAUGGAGCCUACUUUGUGGAAGCCCCCGUUCUCAACAGCCAAGUACACGACAGUCCUGAACGUAUGUCGCGAAAUUUUGGAUAGAAUUGACGUUCUUGUGGACCUGGUGGACUGGCACGAACAUCGUCGAAGCAGUGGGAAAGACAAGCCUUUAAGACGUUGGCAACAAAGUCGAAUCGAAGAUGAAUGCGCUGCUGCGUAUGCUGCGGCUCAAGAACCUCCUUCUCCUACCUCUGCAAUGGUAGCUGAGAUGGCAGGAGAGUCUACUACAGAGGAUAAUUCUGCCCAAUCGCCGCCGUCUCCGCUGCCUAAUGUGAGUACAACAUCUCCUGCUGUGGCCAAGAUCAAGUGGGAUCAAAGUUUGGCUGUGGUUGAGGCAGGAGUCGAAGGAGCUUUCGAUACUUUGGUGACUUUAUUUGGCGAGGAAUUCUCCGGCUCAACCGCUGAAGAUCACGCCAUCUACUUGCAGAUGAAGGAAGCUUUUCGUAUCGCUGAUGUGCAUCGUCGAGGUGUAGUUGAUGCCUCGGAACUGUGUCUUCUACUGGAAAAACUAAUGCCGUACUCUGGCAGUCAGGGGAUUGGAGGGAUGGAGCAAUAUGUGGAUGAGUUCAUGCAGUUAGUGGACAAGGACCACGACGGUAAAAUCUCCUUUAACGAGUUCAUGCAGGCGCUAAAUGAAGGUUUCCGACUGGAACUGGAGAUCUACGAUGACCAACCACAAGUCCCCGUUAGCGACGUCAUUACAGGACCCAACGGAUCGCAACUUUCCCACUCAAGGAGCGGUCGUUUGCUUCGUAAAAGUACACUUCGACGUAACUCUAUUCAAACGGACGACCCAGAUGAUCCCUCAACACCCGGGAAGAACAAACGGGGCUCCACUGUAUCGCCCCCAGCUUCAGAUUCUCGGCACCGGGCUUCGUCCAACUUCGUUGACAUGUCAGUUUUUGAGUCAAAGCACGGGUCUACCCCUGUUAAUGCCACGGAAACUCUGAAGACCAAUCGUAGACACCGCUUUCGAGCCAUGUCGUCGGCUAGCGAAAGCUCGGCACCAGAAGCGCUACUCAACGUCGAGGCGUUUACACUCACAGAAGCUGCGAUAGCACUGAAACACGCCUAUGGUGAGUGCUUGUUGGGGUAUGUGGAUGAUCACAGCAAACGGAUCACCAUGGAGGAUUUCAUCGUCAUGAGCUGCGUUAUCAGCGCCUGUGAAAAUAUUGCUGAGAAUUUGACGCGCUUGAACACGCUGGCAGCCUCGUGAGUUGUGAGCAUUUUAGUCACUGUAAUCAAAAUUCAAUUCAAAGCGAAAUGAGAUAUUGUUACUACUUCUCAGUGUCAUCAGUUUUUUUGCUGAGAUCAAUGCAGUUAACUUUAAUUGUGGAUUCAUCGC